AUGGCAAUUUAUAGUUUCCGUUGUUAUCCUUAUCAUAUGAGUGUCAAAGUGGGAGUGCUUGAUGUGAGAAAUAUUAUGAGCAAAGUGACGUCAUUCUGAAUUUGAAGGCGUCAGUAGCCCUAUGAUAUGGCUAUCUAAAAGUAAACGAUCCUUACAGAUAUGUAUACCGGCAUACAGGCGGCAGCGGUGGCCGCAGUAGUAGACUCUUCAGUCUCCUGAUCAGUCACCGUGCGCUGUGCGGGUUCGAGUCCCGUCCCAGGAGAAAUUUUUCUCUUAGCUAUGGAUGUUGUGAUUAUGGAAGUUGUUAACGUAUUAGACAGAGAAAGUGUUUCAGUUCGUCAUUUGGCAAAGAGGUUUAAUAUUGGGAAAACGCAAGCAGCUGAAAUUGCCAAAAAUAAGGAAGAUAUCAGGAGUAAAUGGCAAUCAGGAACUAAUAUAAAUCAAAAGAAGGAUUUUUUAAAAAAGGAAGGUGGUAGACGGUCUCUGACUGUCGAACGCGGAGGUACCACCCGGCGGAUCUCGUAGGCGGAGCCAGAAUGUGUGCAUGUUGCAUGCACACGUGUUCCCUCGCCAGAGUCCUUGUGGCGUUCCCCCUUU